UUAGCAGUGGUGAUAACACUUGCAGGGGGGUUCCUGACUCGCUGGAGGGAAGUCCACCUCUGUGGAGAUGCCUGUACACCAGCGACGUCCCUUGUAAGCCUUCUGCAGAGGGAUGAAUUCCAGCACCCUGUUAUUACUAGUACUGUAGUGAUACAUCAUCUUAUCACCAGUGCCCUAUGUGAGCCGUAGCAAGCUUGACCUGAACUCGAUGGCUCUCCAGCAUAGCAGACUGAAGCCGCAGCCUCAGAUAACGUGCUGGGUGUUUCCCAGAUGCACAAGAAGGGGCUGUCCCUGACCCAACCAACUCACCGGAUUGUCAUAGACUGGCCUACGUAAAGAUCACCGCUAGAUGGCAACAGCAAUAAGCUAUUUGUACAGUUGCUAAAGGAGUCCCGUCAUUCAAGUGUCCUCUGUAAGCAACAGGCUGUCAUGAAUGCAGUCUCCGCAGCUUGCAAAUCCGUGUGCCAGUUGACACCAGCAGAGGCUCUGGCUUUCUGUAUGUGGUCCUGUCAUUUUGCGUUCAGUCUCCAGCACUGCAAUCCACAGUCAAGGUCGCAACCCACAAGGCCCUAUAAACACAGAGCCUCUCCUCUUCCUCUCACUCGAUCGUGGUACCUCUUCUCUCCUGGGACACUCAGAGCUCAGCCAGCCUUCCGCUAUGAGGAUUCUCCACCUGCUCCUUGCUCUUCUCUUCUUGGUGUUCCAUGCUGCUGCAGAACACAUCUUGUCAGAUACUGUGAUAUGUCGGAAAACGCAGAGCAAAUGUUCAUUUGCGAUAUGCCCCUUCUUUAUGAAAGCCAAUGGGACCUGCUACAAUGGAAAAGCAAAGUGCUGUAGACCUUGGCUGUAAAGAAUCUGUUGAUCUGCAGGAAACCAGAAUGGGAACAUCAUAGCAUGGCAGAUAUUUAUUAUUCUCUCCUUCUACUCAAGGCAUUUAAACAAAUAGUGUUUAUUCAAUAAGAUUGUGAACCUUGCUCAUGUAACUGUGCAUGGGCAUGGAGAUGUUUGUAUGACCGGCACGGAAAACAAGCAAAGCCCAGGCAAACUGAAUUGUCUCAAUGCCAUCACUCAGCCAGUCCUUAUCUGUGUGACUAUUAAGGUGAGGAACCCCUCUCCCCAGCCAGGGGUUGUAGGUACUGGGAGAGUAUGAGGUAAAGGAGGAGGAGUCUGGUGGCACCUUAAUGACUAACAGAUUUAUUUGGGCAUAAGCUUUCGUGGGUAAAAAUACCACUUCUUCAAAUGCAUGGACUGAA